UCAAAUGUAGAACGUGACAGAUCUGUCAACAAAAUACAAAAACAUAACCUCACAAACUACUCCAAGCAGUUUCUAUUUGGUGCCGAUGGAAAAUGUUUAGAAACUUAAGUAAAGUCUUGCAAUCAUCGUACUUCCGGACGUACGCAUCGAAUCCAUCAGUGAAACAGCCAGUGUCACCGAAAACACCGUUGAUAACAUGUAAAGUGAGCAAAUUCAAUCAAUAUGUCGAGUCGGGCAUACCGAAAGACACAAAGUUCGGAACAAUACCACUAGCAUCAUCCGGAUGGCAACAUUAUAAGUCCAAAGGCGAUAAAUUCACCAUUCAUCCCAUAGCAUCCCUACCACACGACGAGCCUGCUGAUACGUCUUUUGCCGACAUACAAUUGGACGAACAAAUCGUCAAGAACUUAAAGCUACGCCUGGAUGUAACGAAUCCCAACAGUAUUCAGUUAAAUGCAUUUGCUUCGGUUAUUCGUAACGAUCAUACGUUAAUUGCUGCUGAGACAGGCUGCGGGAAAACGCUUGCCUAUUUGAUUCCGAUUGUGCAGAAAAUUUUGUCACUGAAAGAGAAACAGACGAAUGAUGACAUGAACACUCCGACAGCUUUAAUAUUAACUCCAGGAAGGGAAUUGGCAAGUCAGAUUGGCAUCGUAGCGGAAAAACUGUGCACCAAUCUCAAUAUAAAUGUAAAGACAAUCAUCGGUGGUAAGACGAAAAGGCUGAUGAUGGAUCCUGAAUUUGGACAGGUUGACAUUCUCGUUGGUUCAAUGGGUGCCGUUAGUAAAUUGGUCACGACUGGAAUUUAUCGAAUGCAAUGCGUACGCCAUGUCGUCGUUGAUGAAGCCGAUACAAUGUUCGAUGACACCUUUUCCGAUAAAUUGGUUCAUUUAAUGAAACGAUUUCCGCUCCACAGGAAUCACAUUCAGGAAAUUGACAAAAACCUCAUCGGCACUCAGUUGAUUCUUGCGUCAGCCACCAUGCCCACCAACACCCAGGAACUGCUCCAAAACGUUAUCGACACGACCACAAUAAACGAAGUUGUUAGUCCCAGCUUACACCGACUCCUGCCAAACGUAACGCAGACAUUUCUUCGAAUGAGUAAAAUGCAUCGACCGAUUCAAAUGCUGGCCAUCGUCAAAGAGGAGCUCUCCAAGAAACGACCCGUCAUCAUAUUUUCGAACAAGUCAUCGUCCUGCGAUUACGUUUCGAUAUUCCUAAACGACCACGACAUCGAAUGUGUGAACUUAAAUGGUGACAUGCUGGUGCAAAUUAGAAUGGGACAAUUUGACAAAUUUCAAACCGGCCAAGUUCACGUUCUUUCGACAACUGAUGUUGCGAGUCGCGGAUUGGACACCACAAGAGCUCGCCAUGUGAUCAAUUUUGAUUUUCCGUUGCACAUUUCGGAUUACAUUCAUCGCAUCGGUCGAAUCGGACGCUUAGGCAGCCACGAACAGUGUGAGGUUACAAAUUUCGUUUCGAGUCAUAGAGAAUUGAGUGUGGUGCAGAGGAUCGAACAUGCAGCCCGGACUGCAACGGUUUUACCGAAUGUUAAUGCCAACAUUUCGAAUAUAAUCAGCAACAAAUUAAUCAAACAAAUGGAAACGGAAGAGAAAAGAUAUUUGAAAUCGCUUAAAGAAUAAAAUGAGCGCGUGAGUAGU